GCUGUCUGCGACAAAACAACGAGGGAGAGAGACCGCCAUAGGCAUGCAGUCAAGCCUACAGCUGAUUCAAUACAUUUUCAGCACUAUGGACAGUUCCAUUCUGCAGCGCGAGCGGACAGAGGGGGUAUAAAAGAUAGAGCAGCGCUACUUAGCCUACCAACACUGCGGAGACAACUGAGGCAUCAUGAGCCACCAAAUUGAGUAUCGGUCGGGUUCUCCACAUAGGAGAGCUCAAGAUGACUAUUCCCGCUAUCAACACAAACUGACCGGAUCCCCCUCGGCGUCCAGGACCGUUAUAGGCUUUGAGUCGGCUACCGCAUUUAUGAACAGAGGAUAUGCGACGACGCCAAAGAGCGAAUUCGGAUCGGUUCCGAGAUCGGAUAUAUUUUUAGAUUUAUCAAACACGUUUACCGGGGUGUUGACAAAAAUGAAUGAGAAAGAACUGCUCCAUGGGCUGAACGGCCGUUUCAGCGGGUUCAUCGAGAAGGUGCGUCAUUUGGAGAACCAAAAUGAAUUGCUCGAGAGGGAAAUCGAGGAAAUCAAACAGAAGGCACAGUCCCCCGCAUCUCUGGCACAGGAGCACGAGUCGGAGCUUAUGGAUCUGAGGAAACUAGUGCAUGACAUCACCCUUCAGAAGCGUCAGAUCGUGAUAGAACAUCAGAACCUGGAGGAAGACUUCCUCACCUUGAGAGACAAGUACGACCAGGAGGCUCGUGAACGCUCGGAUGCAGAGAAAGGCAUCCUGGUGCUGAAAAAGGACGCCAACGACGCAUACCUGGCAAAACUUCAGCUGGACAAGAAAGCGCAGUCUCUGGUGGACGAGAUUCACUUCCUGAAGAAAAACCACGAGGACGAGGUGUUGGAGAUGGUGGCCCAGAUCCACGAGUCUCAGGUGACGGUCGAGGGGCACGCCUUUGCAAAACCCGAUAUCACUGCGGCUCUCCGGGACAUCCGUGCAGAGUUGGAAGGUCACGCCGCCUCCGACAUCCUUGAGGCCGAGGAGGGUUUCCGUGUCCAGUUCACAAAGUUGACAAAAGCGGCAGAGAGCAACAGAGAGGCGCUGAAGGCAACACAGCAGGAGAUCCAGGAGAACAGAAGGCGCUUCCAAGGGAAGAACAUUGAACUGGACUGCGCGAAAGGAACGAGAGAGGCCCUGGAAAAACAACUACAUGAGCUGGAGGAGCGUCACUAUUCGGAAAUGAUUAAUUACCAGGACACUGUCAGGCAGCUGGAGAAUGAGCUGACUAAUGCUAAACUAGACAUGUCUGGCCACCUGAGAGAGUACCAGGACCUGCUGAAUGUCAAAAUGGCUUUGGAUGUGGAGAUUCUCUCUUACAGGAAACUCCUGGAGGGUGAGGAGUUCCAUCUGUCCACCAUCUCUGACACCCACAUCUCCAUGCCCUACAUCUACCGCCAGUCCCCUGUCUACACCCUUUCUUCCCUGGCCCGGCAGGGAGGGCCCACACGCAGGUCUGAGCCCCAGUACAAGUUUGUAGAGGAGAUCAUCACUGAGACCACCAGAGAGGUGGAGUCCGAGUUUGAGGAGACAGGCUCUGAGGAGACAGGAGAGGGAGAGAAGGAGGGAGAGGAGAGUGACAAAGCUGAGAGGAGGGGUAAGGAAGAGGAGGAUGAGGAGAAAGGGGAAGAUGUAGGUAAAGUGGAUCUUAAAGUGGAUGCCCCAGAGGAAGAGGGGGAACAGGAGGAAGAGUCUAAGGGACAGCAGAUAGAAACAUCAGCAGAGGUCGAGGUAAAUGGAGAUGGAGUUAGCCCUAGCGAGGGAGAAAAUGGAGAGGAAGGAGAUGACAAAGGAGAGGAGGACAUUGACACAGGUGACAAUACACAAAGUGAAGUCAAAUCAGCUAAGGCCACCAGUGAGGAAGAGAAGGAAAAACUGGACACAACAGAGGAGAUAGACGGUGAGAUAAAAGAUGUGGGGGAGCCAUUAGAAAAAGAUAACACCCCAAAACAUGACAAGUCCCUUCCAGAGGUUCCCAUGAAGGGUGACAUCUCCAUAGAACCCAAAACGUCCGAGGAUAUUCAAACAGAAAGUUCAAUAAAGGGUGAACCACAGGUCCCCACAGAGGACAUCUCAAAAGAGCCCAAAAAGGUGUCAGAGGAGAGCAAAAAAGAAAGCCCAUCAAAAGAGAAAAAAGAGGUAGAUCUGAAAGAGCAGAGCGCCCUAGCAUUGGAGCAGAAGCCUGAUCAGAAGGCGCACAGAGUAUCAGACCAACUUCAAGAGGCAGAGAGUGCUGUGGCAACACAAGAAGAGGAUCUCCCUGAGCCCACAGAGAAGGACAUGAAAUCCCCUGAUAUCACUGCUGAGCUGAAAAACAGCUCCACCAAGGAGACAUGGGGACAGGUGAAGUCAUCAGAUGAUUCUGGUGUAAAAACUACACAGGAUGACAAAACGGUAGGAGGUAAAAUUUCAGCCGGACUUCCCAGCACAACAACUGAGUGUGAGGAAGAGCCUGUGCCAAAGACCCCUGAAAAGGAGGUGGGUCUGACAGAGCCAAAAAUGAGCAGCAAGGAUGAUAGUGUAAAAACUGUUGAGCAGAAUGAAUCUAAUGGCAGUGAAAAUUUCACAAAUGAUAUCUCAACAGCUGAGGAAAAAGUGAAAGAAUCUGAUAAAUCCUCUAAACUAGACACAACUAUUUACCCUAAAGAGGAAACAACCCCACAACCAGAGCCAACCAUCACCCCCAAAGAAGAAACAUCCCCAAAAAUGGACCCAAUGGUCACCCCCAAGUACGAGACAGCACCUAAACCAGACCCCACAGUCACAACUAAAGAAACAUCACAAUCAGAACCAACCAUUACCCAUAAAGAAGAACCAUCCCCUAAACCAGAACCAGCAGUCACCCCUAAAGAAGAAACUUCCCCAAAACCAGCCUCAAACGUCACCACUAAAGAGGAGACCUCCCCUAAACCAGAAUCAACCUUCAACCCAAAAUAUGAAAUAUCCCCUAAACCAGCCCCAACCGUUACCCCUAAAGAAACAUCAAAACCAGCCCCAAUCAUCAAACCUACCGAGAUCACCCCUAGAGAUGAAAUAUCCCCUAUAUCAAACUUAAUCAUUACCCCAGAAUCAACGACCACCCCUACAGAGAGUGAAACGAUCAGCAGUGGUGGCAAAGCUGAGACUGCCACACCACCAGAGAAACAAGUGCCUGCCGUUGCAAAGAGCAAGGACUCACACAGAGAGGCGCCAGAGAGCAGCACAACUCAGGCGAAACCAGAGGAGAGUACGGCUAAAGAGCCUGAGAAGGUUACGGAUCCCAACGAUGAAACCCCAAAGACAGAGAACGUGAAGACCAAGGCCUCUGAGGAAAAACCUGAACAUGUGGAGAUAUCUAUUACAAAUACAUCGCCAGUGAAAGAACAGGAUGUAUCAGACAUGGGUUUGAAAGAGAAAACUGUUGACGGGAAGACAACAGAAGGGGCACAAUCUAAAAUAGACGAGAAAGGCUUUACAGGAGUUGAUGAAGAGAGCAAAGAUGACAAAACUGCGAAGAAGACAUCAACAGGGCAAGCUACUCAGCCAACUGCAGAAAAGCAAGCUAAACCUAAAACCUGGGACUUAACCUCUUUUUAGAAUGACCAGAUUUAGAGGUCAGUAGACGUUUUCUGUAAACCUGCAUGAUUAGUGCAAGCCUUCAAAGCAAUAUGAGAACUGCUCCACCUUGAAAGAUUAACUGACGCUUAAUAUGUACAGUAUCAUAAUUCAUACAUGUCAAUUAUGAGACCAUUAAUGAGCGCCUGCGAGAGAUGUGCUGUAAUAUGGAAUGUAACAAAUCAAAAGCUGUAUUUUGCUGUACCUAUUUUCUUCUCCCCAAGCAAGCAAUGAUGUGAAUUGGGAUGAUAAUGUUCAUGGUUGAUAAUGUGAUUUGAUAAUGUCUGAAUAAGCUAAGAAAUAAAUGCUAUUGGAAGAGCA